AUGACCACGCAACUUCGGCCACCCAAUUUCCCACUGUGAGUAUGAAACCCGAUCACCAUCUUUUUUUCUUUCAAUCCAUUUUCCUCGACUUGAAACGGCGGGAUUCGGCAUUUGCAAUUGUGCAGAGCGGUUGCGAUUCGUUCCAGCGAAAUUUCAAAAAUUAUCGAACUAGUGAAACUCUUUCACUGACUGACCCCAUCUAUCUAAAAUGAAAUCCAGAAGAAUUAUUUCUGAGAGUUAUUUGAAAUAAAUAAUUAAUUAAUUAAAAUACAAAAAAGUUCGAACUGGCGCCAAUAACGACUCCCGAACGUUUUGCACAGGAACUGCCGCAGCCGACCAUUGCAAGCCAAGAAAAAUGAAUUAUAAACUAUCCGACACGACUUGAAACGAUGUGGUCACAUAUUGAUGAAACAAAGAAAACCGGUUUGGAGCUCAAAACAGAAAUUGAAAGAACAGAAAAUUGUAGGUAUUAAAGUUUUAAGUUUGGUAUUAAAGUUGAACAAACAAAUUUUUUUUUCUUUUCUCAUGUUUUAAGCUUUGAGAUUUUGAUAUAACCGAAAUACUUUUUUUUGUGAAAAUUGAGCUUGAAAGAAGAAAUUGCAGAAAUGGACAGCAAGAAGAACUACUCAAAGUUUACGGAUCAGCCAAGGCGAGCCUCAAGCGCCUAAUGCCCGAACCUCCGGUAGGUUUUAAUAACGUUUAUUUACUUCUUUGCUUCAAUUACUUACAGUUUUCAAAAAGUCUCGAACAUAAAAAAAAUUUCAACUCAGAUCUUUUGUUAGGAAAGUUUCCAAAAGGAGUCGAGGCUGUGGUGACACAGUGUUCCCAAACGAGCGGCAGCUGUGGUCAGUAGGCGUAGCUGACUGCAACAGCGGCACGGUUUAUUGCAAUAGGGGCGCGGGAAUGAGAGUCAAGUUUUGUGGAUUUAGUGGUUGGAAAAAGACCAUUAAAUGAUGUUUUUCCUAGGUUCUCGCGAGUUUUCGAAGAUUUUUUUAAUGUGUAUAUAAUUAUAACGAACAAAUUUAAAUGAAAAAAGAGACGAAAAAGUUUUUGCAAAACAAAAUAUCUCCCAAAAUAUCGUUCUUUAGGAAAACUCGUCAAAUCGAACUUCCAAAGGGAAAAUUGAGAAAAAGCUCACAGCACUUCUCUUGAGAAAUACCACUUGAACGUUUUAAAACAAAAACAGAUACAUAAUAGCUUGUACGAAUAAAGUUGUCACCCAAAAUGACAUUUUUCAAGAAUAAAUUCGUCGAAUACUGCCUCGAAAAAAAAAUUUUGAGAAAAAUCUCACAGCGUUUCUCUUAAGAAAGUCCAUUUGAAAAUUCUAAAACAAAAAAACAAACGAAAUAUCUUAUGCGAAAUAAGUUGUCAUCAAAAAUGUCCUUUUAAUGCAAAUUUCUGUGACGAGAACAAUCGAAAAUCACUUCAAAUCUCUGGAAAACGCGGUAAACACGUUUUAAGAACACAUACAGCGUGAAAAAAUACGAAAGAAUGGUAAAAUACGCAAGAAAAAGAGAAAAAACCGUAUUAAAAGUGAAUGAAAUUUUGUGGGGGUGACACGCGCCGCACCGCGUUGCGUUAGAAAAAACUCGCGUUUUCGCCCCAUUGCGACGACCUUUUUUUUCGCUUGCCGCCGUCUCUUUUGGAACACUGUGGGUGAGAGAAAAGCAGACAAAUGAGAUUAAGACCGAAGAAGUUCCGACGAAACGACCUGCGGUUGUCUAUUCGACAUCGAUGCCGUCGUGCAAAAACCCAUAUCAGAGUUCUUCGCCGGCCCCACAGAUCUUGCCUACAGAGUCCAAGGCAGUCUUACCAGAAGGACUUCACAAGGUAUACAUAUUCAAGGCUGGAAGAGCUUGCAGAUCUUUUGUUUUCGAAGCUUUACAAAACGUAUCACAAUAUAUUAGAUGCUGUUCUUGUUUAGAUUUUAAAGAAACCUUGCACUCCGGAAAAACUUCUUCUUGCUACUUGAAAGAAUUCCAGAAGUCAGAGCAGUCGCCAAGAGUUGCACGACAAAGCGCGGAAGCGAUCCGAGUCCCGGAUUCCUCUCCUUCUCCGUUCUGCAACAUCAACGCCUACCUUCACUACAUCCAUCGUAUUCAGCAAAAUCAAAUUCCCAAUUGUUAGUCUAUUUGCUGUUGAAGAGCUUACGGAAAACAGGAAAAACUUUUUCUUACAGUUGCUGGUCUGGGAAAUUCGAAUCUCCGUCGUCAGACCAUUGGACCUUGCACUGUUUCAGCGGAUGUGAGUGGUUAGGAACAUAAAAAAAGCUGUUUUUUCAUAAUUCAGCUCAAAUAGUGAAGAUGAAAAUUUGAAAGAUCGAGAGGUUUAUUCCGAUCCCCUUGAUGUACUAAAAAUUGCCUGUUUACUUUUUCCUAGUCCAUCCACUAUCUUUUGAAACGGUCAAAAUGAGCAGUUAUGAAUUCUCGCUAGAAUUUCGAUUCCCUUACUUUCGGAAAGUUGAUAGUUUUUUAAAAAUGUUAUAGGAAAGUUAUGGCAAAGGAUACUUUCAUUAUGAUGGAUGCUAUUAAUUCCCAUUUAUCUUCGCACUGACUUCAGGUGGCUCAACACAUGGCGAGAGUUAGAGCCGCCAACGCGCUACGGCCUCCGACAGGAUUCGCGCCCUCACAAUUCGUGACCAACCUCAACUCGCUGCAACAUCUGCUGAUGGGUCAAGUGACGUCACCACUUACAAUGCCAACAGUGCUUGGCGGAACGCCAACAACGCAGCCACCACACACGCGCCUCUACUCGGCCCCCUGCUUCGAAGGUCCCGAAGGACCUUUGUUCCAGGUGCGUCCUCUAGGUGUCUUCAUAGUCAGCAGAAGACUGAAAAGACUGAGAAAAGCUUUUGAGAGAGAUGCACUGAAAAAAACCGGACUUUUCGCAGAACUUUCUUGAGGCUGUCCGCAAGUCAGAGGCGCAAAUGGCCAGGGCCUUCGGUGGGAACUGCAGCUGGCCGUCGUUGUCUUGUGACUGAAAUACAGUCCAAUCGAAAACUCGAUCUCGCCCAAUUGUUCUCGUUUCUCUCGGUUGUCCAAAUUAUUCGUUAUUCGUGAAUUUCACAUGUUUCAUUAAUGAUUGCGUGAAACCUUUGUUGAUAAAACACGAUAUUGCUUCAUUUCAAAAAUGUCGCUUUUCAGUAACUCUCUUCAAAAGUUUAUCUUCGGCUUUGUUGCAGCCAACGCAAUCCUUCUAGGAAUUAUUAUCAGGUUUUCGAUAGCAACUGCAAGCCAUUGAGGUCGGAGAGGAGCUUUUUCUAGAAUGUACCCCAAUGACUGGCUCUACGUAAUUCUGCAACUGGUCAUACCGCUUCUUGUCUGGGAAACUCUGCUGUUUUUUGUGGUCGCACCAGAAGAAGUUUUGACCGAUCUGCUCGGCGAAAAAAGCAGUGUCAGCAGCAAUUCGGUGAUUUUCUAAGAUAUCGAAACUAAAAAAGUUCGAAGUUCAUUACGAUGAGGAAACUAACUGAAAAAGCUCAGUUAUCAGAGGAAUAUGAAGAUCUGCUCAAAAUGAGCAAAAAAAAGACAAAUUUGCAACAAAAAAAAAUCCGAGACUGGAGGAUUGAUCUCAAUUUCAGCCAAAAAUUCAAAGCCUCCUAAUUGAUAAAAAAAAUAUUUGGAACAUUUUCAUGAAAAAAAAAUUUGUAUUCGCCUAAAAAUAUGAAUUAGAGAGUUCUCAAACCUCUAAUGAACCGGUUUUAUUCGAUUUUAUUCGAGAACAAUCACUUUCAGAUUUCGAGUCCAGUAAGGUCAACGAUGACGCGAGGUGGACGUGUACAUUCUUAUGGAGACUUUUAA